AUGGCGCAUGCGCACACAGCAAUUUUCCUGGCCUUGCUGCCGCCAGAGUGCCGUCAGAAAAGAAAAGGAGCCACGCCAGCUUGCAAAGGGGGCUUCAAGAAGAAGGGCAAGUGCCUUCUCAAAUUCUGCGAGAGAUGCAUACGUAACAGGUACUCUCAGAUUGCCGACCAGGCGUUGAAUGAGGAGGCCUGGGAAUGCCCAAAGUGCCAGAAUAUUUGCAACUGCAGCAUUUGCAUGAAGAACAAAGAGGAGGUGCCCAUGGGGCCAAUGGUCCGUCCUGGCAGGAAGCGGAAAGGCAGUGUCGAUGACACUCCUGCUAAUAAGAAGCCCCGGCCGGGAGCUGAGAAUGGUACUCCAGCUAAUACAAAUCCCCCCUUGGGAGCUGAGAGCACAUAUGCCCCUGAGGAUCAUAUAGAUCUACCCAGGGGUACUCUUGUGACUUGUGUUGCAGGUAUAGAGCUGCAGCCUGAAGAUGUUGGCGCUGCCAUUCAAUUUUUGGAGUUCUGCCGCUUAUUUGGAGAGAUCUUGGAAAUAAGGGAGGGGCAACCAGAACAAACUGUCAAGGAAAUAACUGGAGGUUGUCAACUUCGAGAGGUGCCUUCAGUUGUUUCUGACCUUCACAUAACUCUGUUAUCCAAGAUAGAAAGAGGCAAAGCCAAGGUUUGCAAGUAUCCAGGACAUGGAGAUGAAUGGAUAAGAAAAGUCGGAGAAUAUUUCACUGACUCGACAUUAGGUACCAAUGAUUUGACCCUUAACUGCUUAAGCCAGGGGGCAUCAGGAUAUAAAAAUUUGACCCCUUCGUCUAAGCUGGACCUGCUGAAUCGUCUGUGUGAUGAGGCAUUAUCUUCUGAACGGGAACAUAGAGAAUCUGGGGCCAGAGAAAAGAUGCGCGCUGCAACCAAAAAGGAAAAGUUGCUACAAAAAAUUCAGAAGGAUCUGACUAAACCAAUGGAAGGAGGAGAAACCGCUAGCAAUGAGAAAACUGAAAAUAUUAUUUCUCAAAUAAAGGAGUUUACCAUUCUUCGUAAGCUUUUGCUUGAGUUUGUAUUUGGAAAAAUAGUCGUCAACCCAUGCAUGGACAGGUUGAGGCUUAGAGCAAAUGCUCAAAAAUUAAGCCUUGACCUAGCUUGA